CAUAGAAACCCUUAUUUUAAUUUCAGUGGAUAUGGAAACAGUGCGUGCAAGAUUAUAAAUAAAAAGCACAGACCCCGAUUUCUUCCGUCUUUUUUAUCGAGAAAGGGCUUGCGUGACGCAACUUUAGGUUUAAGACGGACCCCGCAAAAUAACAAAAAAGUUUUAUUAUCGCUUACUCUCUUACUCUUGCUCUUCCUUUCUGUCUGUCGAAUUUUUGCAACUUUUUUUUUGUCAACCACCCUUUCUACCUUUACUUACAUUGACCUUAUUAAAAGAUCCCAAUGGCCUUCAAGUUUAAUUGGCCAGAGUUCGAUGCUGAAUUCUACAAAGAAGCACGCUCACAAUUAGAAGCUGCUUUGAAUAAAGGAAAUAAACCAAAGAACAUUGUCGAUUAUAUUUCUGUUAAAGAGUUAAAUAUGGGAACAACUGCACCUGAAUUGGAAAUACUAGAAAUAGGAGAACUUUCAACCGAUAAGUUUCGAGGCAUAUUCAAGUUAACUUAUUGCGGUGAUGCUUAUAUUGUUAUACAGACAAAAGUUCAGGCCAAUCCAAUGCAUGCAAACGAAUCCGAUUUACCCCGACAUACUCGACCAACUGUACUAGCAGCAGAUCAACCACUUAUUGUACCCAUGUUAUUAAGGAUUAGCGACCUUAAAUUGAGAGGAAUCAUUGUGCUUGUAGUGUCCAAGGCGAAGGGCAUCACGCUCGUGUUUAAAAAUGAUCCGCUCGAAAGCAUUGUUGUGAGUUCAACCUUUGAUAGCAUUACGAGUGUUCGAUCAUUCUUACAACGCGAAAUUGAAAACCAAUUGAGGAAUUUAUUUCAAGAAGACUUGCCCGUCAUGAUACAUAACCUAAGUUUACGUCAUAUUCAAAAAGAACAAGAGAAACAAGCAAAACGAGAACAAGAGGAAUGGUUACAGACACAAAGACUCGAGAUUAUGAAAAAGAAUGCUAAAAAUACCCGAUCAGUCUUUUCUGAUCCAGGAAUUCGACGUAGCAACACGAUGUCAUCAGCGUCUGUUAAUGCCAUGCACAGAACUACCACAACUACAGCAGGAACAUCGGCAACAGCCAUUCCGUCUCCCACAAAUAACCGAAAGCAUUUUGAUGCUUUAUCGAUGCCGGACCUUGACACCUCAUCCACGCCUGCCUCAUAUGCACCUUCUCGGUUUCCUUCCUCCUUUUCAUACAGCCAGGACGUACCGCUGUCACCGCUGACGAACCCUUUUAGACGAUCUUACAAUAGACAAAUGUACAGUAGUUUUAGUGAUUUAUAUUUUAUGAAUGAAACAUCUGGCGAGAAUAUGAACCAAGCCGAGCUGCUUUCGACAUCACCCGAAGCAGUCAGCUUGGACGGACAGCCGUUUGGAGGCAACAAGGGCAUUCCUGUCACAGCAGCCAACCUGUCGACACUAAAUGAACUCUACAGUAGCCGAUUUGCAGCACUAAAGACGCCACCUUAUUCCGAUUUUGGUGACUCACAAACGAACAAGAUGGGAGAAGAUGAAUGUUCCUAUGAAGAUUAUUAUGAUGAGUCAUCUGUGAACUCGAUGAUCGCUGCAGAAAUGUAUGCAGAUGAUGUGGAUGCACCGUGGUAUAUCACAGAAGGACUGGAAACUCAUUCGGCAAGAGACAAGGAGAAGACAUUGACAAUGAUGCCGAUGGAUGAGGAUAUUGUGUUGAAUCCCAAAGAGAAUACAGUCGCGGCAAAACUGGCCCAGUUAACAAAUAUACAUCACACCAUAUCACCCUUUACACAUACAAUAGAUCACUUUACUUACCGUUCUUUACCGCACACAGUUAAAGUCGAUGUGAAAUCAAAACUUAAAAAGAAACCAAAGCGACGUAUCAUUCGGCUCAACACUCAGUCAUCAACUACAAGCGCAUAGCAAAGAUAAAACUUCAAGCAUUUACCAACUCUUAUAUAUAUUUAUACUGUAUACCUUAUUUAUUUGUUACAAAACGUUUCCUUAUUUUACAAACAUGUAUUGACAGCUUUUAUAUACAUUCCUUUUUUCUUUUUUCUUUUUCAUACCAACUUAACUACACUCAAGCGAUGGUUGCUUUCAACCUUUUCUUUAUUGACAACAUAUAUUUACACAUAAAAUAAUGAAAUAAAGC